AUGUCUGAAACUUCUGGUGAACCUAAUGGUAAGAUUGUUGCUACUGAAGGAGAAGUUGAAUCUCAAACGAACAUAGAUGUAAGCAAUGCUAAGCAGGACAACCAGAAAGAUGAUAAUAAACCAGUUUUGCCUUGGGAGAAUAGUAGUAAGGAUAUCCAAGUUAAAACUUUCACUGGUUACACAUUGAAUUUGAAGGGUUGGAUAAGAAAAGAUAUUAAAGAGAAGCAAUCUAAAGAAAGAGAGGAAAAGAGAUUAGAAGAGGCCAAGAAAGAUGAGAAAUCAGCUGAAAAUGAUGAAUCGAAAAAAGCUAAUGGUGAAGAAGAGAAGGAACAGAAGGAUCCUGUUGUUGAACCAGAGUCUCAAGAAAAUAAAUAG